AUGAAUGCUUACUAUUGUGAUCUGACAAUACAAAAUCCAAAUGGACUUAACAAUUUCACUGAAAUCAGAGGAACACAUUCACCAGGAAGAGAAAAUGAAGACGUAACUUCAAUAAUUCGAACUUCAUCAUCAAUAAGCACAAAUUUUCCAUCAAUAAUUUGCAAUACAUUUCCAAACGAACAAACAUUAAAGGCAUUGUCGAUUGGCAUUGAAAGAAUUGAUGAGGAUUCUUUCAAGAAUUGCAGGAAUCUUGAUUUUUUGGACUUGAGUGGUAACAGAAUCUUUGAAAUACAUGAGAAGUCAUUCAGUGAAAAUAAGAGACUAAAUUCUUUAUUAUUAAUGGAAAACAUGUUAACAACAUUACCGGAAACUAUAUUUCUGAAUCAAUUUAAUUUAGGCAUAUUAGUUAUAAGCAGCAAUAACUUCACAGACUUGCCUCUUAAAAUUUCUGCUACUUUAAAAAAUUUGGUUAGAUUAGACAUGGGAGAUUGUCAGCUUCAUCAACUUAGAGUCGAGUGGUUCAGGAAUUUAUUAAAUUUACAAAUAUUACAGCUGCCAUCGAAUCAAUUUGAAGAUUUUCCACAUAAUGUCUUUAAUCCUAUUCGUGAAUUGCUUGAGCUUGAUUUGGAUUUUAAUCAGCUUAAGGUUAUUCAUUCCGAUUGGUUUGGCAUUUUACCAAAUUUCCGUAUCUUACAUCUUCGUGCAAAUCAGAUUAAUGCAGUUGAUGAAAGAUUUAUAGACAACAAUUAUAUCGUAUCUUUAGGAAUGCUUAAUAAUCUUUGUUUAAACGAUAUUAUCACUGACUUUACAUCUUCGAAAUUGGAGAUGAGAGCUGCGCUGCAAACAUGCUUUAAAAAUUUUUCAAUAUAA